AUGCAAAUAUUUGUUAAGACGCUGACCGGAAAGACUAUCACUCUUGAGGUGGAGGGUUCGGAUACCAUAGACAAUGUCAAGGCAAAGAUUCAAGACAAAGAGGGAAUUCGACCAGACCAGCAGAGGCUUAUAUUUGCUGGAAAGCAGUUGGAAGAUGGUAGGACUUUGGCUGAUUAUAACAUUCAGAAGGAAUCUACUUUGCACCUUGUUCUUCGAUUGCGGGGUGGGAUGCAAAUAUUUGUCAAGACUUUGACUGGAAAGACUAUCACUCUGGAGGUGGAGGGUUCGGUUACCAUAGACAAUGUCAAGGCAAAGAUUCAAGACAAGGAAGGGAUCCCACCUGACCAACAAUGGCUUAUUUUUGCAGGAAAGCAGCUUGAGGAUGGCAGGACUUUGGCAGAUUAUAACAUUCAGAAGGAAUCUACUUUGCAUCUUGUUCUUCGAUGCAAAUAUUUGUCAAGACUUUGA